AUGCUCCUGUACCGAGGGGCCCCCGCGGGCCCUGGCGCGCCGGGUGGCGCGCUGGCCCGGCCGGGCGGCGGCCCGGCGGGCCGAGGCCUCACCCGGGACGGGACCUUCUCUCGCCCCCAGAUGAGCCCCCGCUACCUACAGAGCAACUCCAGCAGCCACACGCGACCCUUCAGUGCCAUCGCGGAGCUGCUAGAUAAUGCUGUAGAUCCAGAUGUAUCCGCCAGGACGGUCUUUAUAGAUGUUGAGGAGGUCAAGAAUAAAUCUUGUUUGACCUUUACUGAUGAUGGAUGUGGGAUGACACCUCAUAAACUACACCGAAUGCUCAGCUUUGGCUUUACAGAUAAAGUAAUAAAGAAGAGCCAGUGUCCAAUCGGAGUCUUUGGUAAUGGUUUCAAGUCAGGCUCCAUGCGUCUAGGAAAGGAUGCUCUUGUCUUCACCAAGAAUGGGGGUACUCUCACUGUUGGACUACUGUCACAAACCUAUCUGGAAUGUGUCCAGGCCCAAGCAAUUAUUGUACCAAUUGUUCCAUUCAACCAGCAAAACAAAAAAAUGAUUAUUACUGAGGAUUCCUUGCCCAGCCUAGAAGCCAUCUUGAACUAUUCAAUUUUCAACAGUGAAAGUGACCUGCUGUCCCAGUUUGAUGCCAUCCCAGGCAAAAAAGGCACUCGUGUUCUCAUUUGGAACAUCCGCAGAAAUAAAGAUGGAAAGUCCGAGUUGGACUUUGAUACAGAUCAGUAUGACAUCCUGGUAUCAGACUUUGGCACAGAAGAAAAAGAGACUGGUGGUAUUACCUCUGAGCUGCCAGAAACAGAGUAUUCUUUACGGGCAUUUUGUGGUAUUUUAUAUAUGAAGCCACGAAUGAAAAUUUUUCUGCGUCAAAAGAAGGUGACUACCCAGAUGAUUGCCAAGAGCCUGGCCAAUGUAGGAUAUGAUAUAUAUAAACCUACCUUCACAAAUAAGCAGGUGAAAAUAACUUUUGGGUUCUCUUGCAAGAAUAAUAACCAGUUUGGAGUAAUGAUGUAUCAUAAUAACCGACUCAUAAAGUCUUUUGAGAAGGUGGGAUGCCAGGUGAAGCCAACUCAUGGAGAAGGUGUGGGAGUAAUUGGAGUCAUUGAGUGCAAUUUCUUAAAACCUGCCUACAACAAACAAGACUUUGAGUACACCAAGGAGUACCGGUUGACAAUAAAUGCCCUUGCCCAGAAGCUCAAUGCUUAUUGGAAGGAAAAGACCUCCCAAGAGAAUUUUGAGACCUCAGCCAUAGUCAGGCCAAUACCGAAGAUUCCUGAUCAGACAUGGGUACAAUGUGAUGAAUGUCUUAAAUGGAGAAAGCUUCCUGGCAAGGUUGAUCCAUCUACAUUACCUGCAAGAUGGUUUUGUUACUAUAAUUCCCAUCCAAAGUACAGGAGAUGCUCUGUUCCAGAGGAACAAGAACUCAUUGAUGAAGACCUGUACUUGAACAAAGCUAAGAAACAAGAUCAAACUGUUGAGAAGAAGAAGUUGCCAAUGGAAAAUGAGAGCCACCAGGUAUUCACUAAUCCACUGAAGAUCCCUUCUAUUCAAGAUAUGGAUGACUUGAAUAAUAAGACAACUGGAUAUGAGGGAAUUGAUAGCCCUAGCCGGCUUUCAUCUGUUGGAGAAGAAAGCAGAACACCUUCUCUUCAACUUAAGCCUCUGGAUUCCAGUGUUUUUCCAUUUUCCAGUAAGUACAAAUGGAUCCUAGGUGAGGAACCUAUGGAGAAACGAAGAAGGCUCCAGAAUGAUAUGACAACACCUCCUCUGGAUUAUUCCAUGCCUGGCCCUUACAGGAGGGUAGAGGCAGCAGUUGCCUACCCAGAAGGGGAGAACAGCCACGAGAAAUCCAGUUCUGAGAGAAGCACACCACCGUACCUUUCCCCGGAAUACCCCGAAGCAAUCAAGAACACCGGUCAGAGUAGGGAGGUUUCAGGUCUGUAUUCAGGGGCACAAGACCAACAGCAGGGGGCCCUUCUCUCUGAAGAAUUAGAAGAUCAGAUGCCAAGAUUGGUAGCAGAAGAAUCUAACAGGGGCAGCACACACAUAAACAAGGAAGAAGUAAACAAGGGACCUUUUGUAGCUGUUGUCGGUGUUGCAAAAGGUGUUAGAGAUUCAGGAGCUCCCAUUCAGCUGAUCCCUUUUAACAGAGAGGAGCUUGCUGAGAGGAGAAAAGCAGUUGAAUCCUGGAACCCGGUGCCUUAUUCUUCUGUGGCCUCUGCUGCCACCCCUGCUGCAGCCGUUGUGGAGAAAGGAAGAGGCUACGAGGAGAGCGGGGGUCGUAAUACGCCAAAGAUGAAGAACCAAAGAGAGCUAGAAGAACUGAAGAGAACCACAGAAAAGUUGGAACGUGUUUUGGCAGAAAGGAAUAUGUUCCAGCAAAAGGUGGAGGAGCUGGAACAGGAGAGGAAUCACUGGCAUUCUGAAUUCAAGAAAGUCCAACAUGAAUUGGUGACUUAUAGCGCCCAGGAGACGGAAGGCUUGUAUUGGAGCAAGAAACACAUGGGCUAUCGCCAAGCUGAAUUCCAGAUUCUGAAAGCUGAGCUGGAAAGAACCAAAGAGGAAAAGCAGGAACUAAAAGAGAAACUGAAAGAGACGGAGACACACCUGGAAGUGCUGCAGAAGGCUCAGGUCUCCUACCGGACCCCAGAGGGAGAUGACCUAGAAAGGGCUUUGGCAAAGCUUACGCGGCUGCGUACCCACGUCAGCUAUCUCCUUACUUCUGUCCUCCCUCACUUGGAGCUUCGUGAGAUCGGGUUUGACUCAGAACAAGUGGAUGGGAUCCUGUAUACGGUGCUGGAGGCAAAUCACAUACUGGAUUGAGCACCAGAUACUUUAUAUCCCCUUUUCUACCCUUCUCUUCCCUCUCCUUUCCUCCCUCCCUCCCACACCUCUCUCUCUUUUCUCUCUCUCUCCCUCUUCCCUCCCUCCCUCUCUCUCUCUUUCUUUCUCUCUCACCUUUAUGCCUUACAUCGAGAAUCUUUGAGUAAAUCCUGGCUCUUAAUCAGUCUGCUUCUCAUUCAGUCUUGGUGUGGAGAAAGAGUCUAGUUAAAUAGGCUUUUAAGAAUCCCAGGAACAGAAGAGUAAUAGUCACCAAACCAGGUGACUGGAAAGCUUUAACUUUCAUGACUCAGAUACUUGGCCUAUUUCGUAUUGUUUCUGAAAUGAUUUGUAUUCAUUUAGGUUAAAUCAGUCAGCAAAUAUUGGGUCCAAUGUACCAAGUGUUUGGGGAUAAGUUAAGAAGCAUAACUCAUGGUUUCAGCCUUCAAGGAUCUCACAAUCUAGUUGGAAACACAAGAUACACACCAAGUUAAUUGACUUGUACAAGCAAGUGGCACAAACAUGAUAGAGAAGUUCUGGGGGAGGAAGGCAUCACAUCAGAAAUGGGACCUAAACUGAGGUUGGUUUAAAGAGCGGCACGACAACACUGUUAACGACUGUUGUUCUUCACGUGGUAGGACUGUGGUUGAUAGUUUUUCUUCUCCCUAUCUUCCUGCUUUUUUCAAAUUUUCUAUAAUAAACCUGUUAUUCUUCUUACAUUGGAAAAAAUAAAUCGUUUUAAAAAAGAAUGAGUAGGCUUGGAUUUAGAUAUCACAUGAGAGACUGUGAAAACAUAAGGUAAAUUUUAAUUUGUAAUUUAUGUCAUAUUUAGCAUCACUUCUGGAAGCAUAGCAUGAACAAAAGCACAGAAAAGGCUGGAAUGUAAAAAAUGUGUUUGGUAGGAGUGAUGGGUUAAUGUAAAGGGAACUAAGGUUAAAUCAUGACCCAUUUACCUACCCCCCUCUGUGGUAUUUGCAUUUUAAUAAGGAAUUCUUGAAAAAGAAAUCUUCAAGGCUUAAAUUUUUAAACUGUGUAUCAGCAAACUGUGGGACUUCAGGUUGUGGGGGAGGUAUUUUAGAGCAGCGAGAUCUCUUUGCUGUCCCUCAGAAUACACUUACCUACUCUUCAGGCUGGUGCUGAGUGAGGGGUGGCUCUCAUAUCAAAAGUGGUAAAACCUUCUUGUAAAAGUAGACAUUUUGUUUAUUCAUUUCUUUAUUAUAUUUAUUUAUUACUAUAUAUUUACAUAGUGUAUACUCUCCAAACAGUUCAAGGUACUCUUCAAAAGAUACUGAAUAAUAAAUACAUAAAAUAUACCAACAGUGAAAAAUAGGAAGUAAUGGAGAAUCUGUAAAAGGGAGGUGGGAUCAAGCAAUCUGAAAAGAGUUAACUCGUCUGGAGGAAUGUUUUGGGCAUUCAUUCUGUUUCUCCUCUGCGUAGUUACUUCAGAAGACUCUCCCAAACGUGUUUUAACUAUAUUGAAAGGAAGCCCAUCGUCGAUUUUCCCAGUGGGAUUGCAAGGAAUAGGGGGAGGCCAGAGCCAUGAUUUACCACUAGCAUGAGUGCUUAAAGCUGUCCCUGGCCCCCUUUUCUCACAUCACUGCAGCUCUUCCCUGACACGUGAUUGAUUCUCACGUCCAGCAUUUAGACCAUGAUAUGGAAGACCUCGGUUGUCUAAAUAUAAAUUUAUUGAAGGAUGGGUGGGAGCACAUUCAGCCAUUCUCUCAGGGAUACUUCUUCUUCAGAUGGGGGCCGUGAAAGGGCAGGACUUUGCACUGACAGGGACAAUAUUGGAAGGGAGGAUGGUAUAGGGAAAAAUUCAGAGCCUUGAAGAUUCAGCCUGAGAGAAAGGGGAGUGUGUAUGUGUGUGUGUGUGUGUGUGUGUGUGGUCAGUGUAGGGGCAGAGUAGGAAGGAGUACAGGCAAUUGAGCUUUAAAAUGAGAAAGGUGUAAAAAAAUUAAUUCAUCCUUACCAGUACUUACUCUCUGUGGUCUCAACCCCAAACUGCUUCUUCCAGCCACAGUUAUCUGUUGCGUCCAUUCACUACAAUACCAGAGCUACCCCUCUGUUCCCUGUUUACAGUGAAACCAUACCAGCAUGCGGUCCCUUUACCCAAAGUUAAAUGCCACAGAGGAGAGAUUGGAGAGAGUCACCCAGCCCUACUAGAGCUUAUGAUAUAGUGUGGAGGCAAAAGACAUUGAGAAGAAGAAAGUGGGCGUCUCCUGGCUAUCCUGUUAGGGGAACAUAGUCAUAAUCCUCUUUUCAAGUGUCUCUCCCAUUUGCCCUUUAACUUUUAGUUUCCACAGUCAACAUUUAGGUCCUUACAACUUCAUGCCUCCCUAAUUAAAACAGAUUCUUAACUGGCUUCCCUUGUCUCCUAUUCUCACUCGUUCAGCCAACUCUACUCACUGUCACUGAAUCGCUUUUAAUGACCUCACCAGAUUAGGCCUCUGCUCAAAGACUUGCCAGUGUUCCCAGUUGCCCACUGAGUGCAAUACAACUUCCCAUCUGGCUUCAACCACGCACUCCAGACUCUUCCAGCAUUCCAAACACAAAGCAUGUUCCAUCCAAACUGAACUACUUUUCAGUUUCUGAACCUGUCUUGAGAUUUUCUCCUUUUCCACCUUUGCCACUUCAUUCUCUUUGCCUGGAAUGUCUUCCUUCAUCAUCUUUCCUUUGGCUCAAAUAUCACCUUUUUUCUUGGAAACCCCUCUGAUUAACCUAGCCAAACAUGACGUUUUCUUUGAACAUACAAGUUUUUUGUCACUUAUAAGGCUCUUAUCACAAAUUUCCUUGUUCUGUGUUCCCUAUUAGCUCCACAUUCAAAUAUUCAACCACCUACUUGACAUUUACACUUCCAUGUCUCACAGGCAUUUCAAAUAAAUCAUGUUAAACAGUGAUACAUACACACCGUGGGACUGUUCCUUCCUCCAACUUUCCUCAUUUCAGAAAAUGGCACCUCCACCCACCCAGUUGCUUAAGCUGUAAACCUGGAAGUCAUCCUAGAUCCUCCUCUCCUCUAGCCCCACACAUCCAGCCUGCCAGAAAGUCUGUCAAUUCUGUCUUCGAAGUAUAGUUUGACUCUACUCAUUUUUACCACAUCUAUCUUAAUACAAACUAUCAUCACCUCCCACAAAUAAUUGCAAGUCCUAAAUGGUUCCUUGCUUCCACUCUUGUUCCCACAAUUGUCUUACUACAACCAGAGUGAUUAAAAAAAAA